CAAGAGAGUGUCACCACGUUACCUCGGGCCGCGCCGGAAACACUGACAGGCCGCUUCCUUUUCCGCCCUCACGCCCUUCCCUUGCCAUGGCGGAAGACAACCUCGCGAGACAGAAUGACGAGAUUGAAGCGCUCGCCUCCAUCUAUGGGACGGAUUUCCACACAGAGAGUGCCGAGCACCGAACCUACAGUGUGGAGGUGGACGAAGCCAACCUGUCCUCCCUCCUCCAGGUGACUAUGCCGCCAGACUACCCUGCCGAGGCGCCGCCCACGUACAGUCUCAGCGCGCCGUGGCUCAAGGGGCACCGACGGCAGGAGCUGUGCGCCGACCUGGAGGAGAUCUACCUAGAGAAUUCCGGGGAGAGUAUUGUGUACCUGUGGGUGGAGAGAGUGAGGCAGUUCAUGGUGGAGUUCGGGGCGGAGGAGGACACACAAGGACCAGCCAGUGACGAGGUCACGCCCAUCCCAGAACCCCCGGAGGAACAGACCAACGAGCCAGAUUCUCCGCUGGAAAUCAUCUCGGGUGAAAUAAUAUCAGAUCGCAGGAGUCACUUUCAGCCGCACCUAGCCGUCAUCCAGUCCCAGGCUCAGGUUGGACAGGUGUUGCGGCGUCUGUAUGAGAACAAGAAGAUCGCCAACGCCACACACAACAUGUACGCCUACCGCUUCCUGGCUGACGGCUCCGCGCACAUCACCCAGGACUGUGAGGAUGAUGGGGAGGACCAUGCGGGGGGGCGGCUGCUGCAUCUACUUCAGAUUCUGGACGUCGUUAAUGUGAUGGUGGUGGUGACAAGGUGGUUCGGGGGCAUCCUCCUCGGCCCCGACCGCUUCAAGCACAUCAACAACUCGGCGCGGCAGAUACUCGACUCCUGCGGCUACAUCAACCCUCGACCCGGCGAAAACAAGAAGAAAAAAAAGGGGAAGUAGCGGAGUGGAGAUGGUGGGUUGGUGCAGAGUUCCUCCUCCUUUGCCUCUUUCUCCUCUUCCUCCUCCUCCUCCUUCUCCUCCUCCUGUGUGUGUGUGUGUGUGUGUGUGUGUGUGUGUCAGAUAGAUAGAUAGAAAGAUAAACAAAUAGGCAGACAGAUAGACAGGUAGGAAAAAUAUUAGAAAAGAGGUAAUGAUAUUUUUCUUUUCGUUCCUCUCUUCUCUUAACUCCUCCUCCUCCUCCUCCUUCUCCUCUUCCUCCUCCGCCUAUGCCCCGACACCACUGAGACUUCUUCCGUCCCCACUGGAUGGAACGUUAUGGUAGAAAAGUAGUUUGUGGAGUUACUAGGUUGCUUUGAUCUUUAUUCCAUUUGAGGAGACUCAUCAUAAUAUACAUGACUGCCUUUGAAAAUGACACGUUAAUCAGUUCUCUAUGACAAAGGGAUAUGAGUAUUGUUUAAAGGUAGACUAAUAAGAUAGCUUUUAUGUGAUAUGAUGUAUAAUUAAUUGUUCUGUGAUAGGAGUAAGUAAGCAUCAAAUGAAGAAUAUUUUAAGCAUUUAAGGUUAGUAGAGGGAACGGAAUAAUUUUUUUUUUUUUUUUUUUUUUUUUUU